UCUGGAGCGUAGCACCAGCACUAUGGGGACCGUAUUGUCAUUCAGUCCACGAGAUCGUCGGGGGUCUGUUUACCCGCCAACGGGGCAUCAACAUCCUGCUGACUUCACGUUAAACAACUUUAAUUACGAGCAGCUAAACAAUGCGAAGAAUCGCGAGAACAAGAGCAGCGUUGCAACGGUGGCACCGGCGCCACCCACGAAUCAUCCACCGACCAACAACAACUCGUUACAGAACAAUAACAUUAACCUGAAUAACAACGACAACGCGAGGAUUAUCUCGGAGAAGAACGCCCUAGAGAAAAACUUGAAGAAGCAUUCACUGUUCAUAAAUGCUUUGUCGUGGAAGCGAUUCAGUACGACCAACAAUAACAAGAAGAAGCUCGACAACAAGAACAAGAACCUCGCCUUCAGGCAACCGCUCGAUAAUAUACCUAUUGUUGAUAAGAAUAAAAAUAUACAGACGCCACAGACAAAACCACCGGCGUCAAACAACAAUCACACCACGCACAAUCCGACGUGUGAGAAAUUGAUGCAGAAACCCCUGCCCCCUGGACCAAGGAAAACUGUUAUCCAGGCCUCCACCUCGGAAUUGCUCAAGUGCCUCGGCGUCUUCCUGCACAAGAAAUGCACCCGUUUAAGGGACUUCCAGGCCGGCGACGCUGUCAUGUGGCUCAGGACUGUCGACAGAAAUCUCCUGCUUCAAGGCUGGCAGGACGUGCCCUUCAUAAACCCUGCCAACGUAGUGUUCGUGUAUAUGCUAGUGAAAGAGCUUGUCGAUGGAGAUGAGGCAUCCGAGAAGGAGCUCCAGGCGACGGUACUGACGUGUCUUUAUCUGAGCUACAGUUACAUGGGUAACGAAAUUAGUUACCCACUAAAGCCGUUCCUCGUCGAGGAUAGCAAGGACAAGUUCUGGGACCGAUGUCUCCUGAUCGUCAACCGACUUAGCUCCGAGAUGCUGCGAAUCAACAGCGAGCCCGGUUUCUUCACAGAGAUCUUCAGCGAGCUGAAGGCCUGCGGUUCCAGCGAACGCGGAAGUCUGUCUGGCAGUGGCCUCGAACGGAGCCUCGUCGUCUCCGGAGUCGCGGUACCCACCAAGGCAGCUUGAC